AUGGCAUGGAAAAACUUGUUGUUUGGGACAUGUAUCUUGGCGGUCCUUUUUCUUUCGGCUUCAGCGGGAAAUGGCGACGUGUCAUCUUUUCAAUUGCUCGCAAGAUUAUCGUUUCCAACAGUUGAAACUAAGCCGUACAAUAUGCCAAGUACAAAAGAGAUCGAUCCCCGCCACAGUUAUGCAGAUGAGAAGUUUGAGAAGCUUCAGGAGUACUACAGUUAUAUGAAUGGACGGAUAAAGGAGCCUCAUAAUCCGGCGGAACGUCGUGAAAUUCUAGAGACGGCCCAAAAAAAACUAUUCUCAUUCAUCGACACUCAUAUAAAGGAUCUUAAACGUCUCCUCUUCGAGACCGACAUGGCGUUGAUGUCCAUGGUAUUGCUGAAAUUGAACAAGAAAAUGGACACGUCUGAAGCCAAGAUCAAGUCCACUCAAGCUAAGAUACCGUUUGGGCUGUACGCGAGUCCAGAGUUCAAAUGCCUGGGAACAUCUUACUACAUCGCUUCGGCUCACAAUCAAGAGGAUGCGCAAAUGAUACUUUCAAGCGAAAGGAAGCCGCAUUGUUAUACGUUUAGAGGUGCGUUUGCGUUCUCUGGUUUCUACCACCGCCAUUCGGAGACCACGUACGUUGGCCCGCACGCCGAACAGUUCCAGGCGAAAGAUCCCAGCCAAGGUCUCUACUGCCACUCCGACGACAACUGGAGCGACGCACAAUGCAUUUACAAAAUAAACCCACGAGAAGAGUUCCCGGAAUCGGUGGAAUACGAACCGAAGGUUUCGUACUGGUGCGGCCCGUACCGGUAUUUCUUGCCAGCCACAACUGACAUACGUUGCAUCUUCUCUAUAUUCUCCAUGAAUUUCGUCCUGCGUUUCGGCUACGACGGCGUCACAUACAAGAGUUCGGAUCUGUCUUUCAUGUACCAAAACGGUCAAGUGUUCUACACCGAUGAACCGUGGGCCGGAAUGUCGUGCUGGAAUUGGGCAUGCAAAUGGCGUCAUAAUCAGAACCAGCGCUCCAAUGAAUUCUUCGUCAACUAA